UCACGCUUGGUGGUCACAACAACGUACGGGAAAAAACAUGCCAUACGAGAACCGCUGACACGUUCAGAACGCUGGAAUCACUUCAGUGGAUCAGAUGGUGGCGAGACACCGAGCACGUCCUCGACCCGGCGCGUUGCCGACCGUGGCCGCCGUGCUUGUUGUAGCACUUGCGGUUCUUCAAGGCCUUCGAUUGCAAGCUUGGCUCGGGGCAUCCGAAGGUAAGGGAGCAGAGCCGAGGCCCUCCACUGGAAGACGCUUACUGUUGCAGGAGUCUGCCAUUGCCGGCUCCGCAGCUUUUUGGGCAUCGCCCAAUGAGGCAGAAGCCUUCAGGCAAGAUCGCAUCAUGAAUGCCAAGUCAACGUUAGUCCCAAAGAUUCGAAAAUACUAUCAGAAGCUUGAGGGUUUGCGAGAUGACCUGAUCCUGCAAGUGGAGAUACAGGCCGGAGAACGUGUGGACUUCAGAGCUCGUCUGGCAGAAUGGUACUCUGGUCUUGAUUCCGUUUUUGAUGGGUAUUUGAAGAGUCCAGGCGUUCUAGAUGCUCGCUAUGGCUGCACGCCUUACAAGGUGGAGCCUGGCUCUGUGGCUCUGGUCGCCAGAGGGAUUUGCAGCUUUGCGCAGAAGGUCCAGAUGGCCAAAGCUGCAGGUGCCAAGUCGGUCAUCGUCUUCGAUGAGAAGAUGUCAAAGGCUCCCUUGGAGCAGCAGAACAAGACUGGUCGAGUGAUCAGCAAGGGGAUCGCAAAUUAUCAGGCGGGAGAUGCACUCAGUGGUGCUGCUACGGUGCCGGUGGAGAAAGGCAUGACCAUCAUGAGUGUGAAGCCAGAACUCGACACCGCUCCUCUGGAUGGAAUCAUGAUUCCUCGUGCGAAUGGAACCACUGUCGUUGAUGCCAUUCUCAAUGGUCUUUCGCCGAAGGUGCUGGACGUGAAGCGAUCCAGGUUUGAGGAUGGGAUUGACCGGUUCAUCAAGAAGGACCUUCCAAAGCUAAUGACUGCCAUGGAGGGUUACAGCCUGAUUCAGCGCGUUUCGAAAGCUGAUAUGAGUGAGCCCAUCGUGGCACAAUUGAAGAGCGACCGAACAGCCUUUGAGGAGGCCGUGAGAAAGAAAGACUAUGCAGAGAUCAGAAGGACCUUCAAAAGCUGGAACGAUCACCUCGAUCCGGAGAUCGGCACCUGGGACUUGGCCGAGACCUUCUGAGGAGCUUGGGAGUUGUCUUCCUGAGUGAAGUGAGGGAGUUGGCUCUUGCUUGGCUAGUGUUUAUUUGCCAUUUUUCCCAAAGAACGAGUUCAUUUGCGAGUCCCAGUUGUGUCCUUGGUGGAUAUAUCACAUUGUAUCACACGGGAUCCAAGAAGCCUGUUUUAUUUUUCUCAUACGUGGACUUGCUUUUCCGUACUUAGCUUGCCGGCUGAACGUUGGUUUCUGUAAACAGUUCCCAAUGCAGACCGAAGGUGGGCUAUGCACUCAGCGGUCGCAGGUGAG